AGGAGUCUGUAGCAUUAGCUGCCCUGUAUCCACGUUAUGAUUGAAGAGGAGGCAUCCGGUCACCGCAGGGUGGGAUGGCUGUGUUUAGCUAGGCAGAAGCUGGAGGUUUGCAAUGCCAGAAAGUAAACAGAGAGGACCAGGAAGAGGAGAGUGCUCCAAACGGAGUCUGAGGAAGGGAAGCAGCCGCUCAGCCAUCACCGCACUGUUUACCAUCACUGAGGAAGAGGAGGGACAGAGAUGGAAAGAUGGUAUCAGGAGGAAGACCAAAGCGUCCUACUAUCAGUCGGAGGAUGGCAGAGCAUCGUCAGCCACCCGGCCCGACUCGUCUGCCUCUGGACAGAUCUACACUCCCACUCCGACCUCCACGCCCACUCCCACCCGCACCGCCACGAGCACCAGCCCCAACAACCAAAGCACUGCAAUUAAAACAGACUCUUUGCUCUUCAACAAAACAGAUGAGAGGUUGAGGUUGGCCCGUGAGCGGCGAGAGGAACACGAGAAACAGAAUGCCAUCAAGGAGGUCGAGUGGCAGGCACGUGAGGAGCGAGCCAGGCAGCACUACCAGAAGCACCUGGAGGAGAGGAGGAAGAAGCUGGAAGAGCAGAGGAUAAAAGAGGACAAGAGGCGUGCCGCCGUGGAGGAGAAACGGCGACAGAAGUUGGAGGAUGACAAGGUUCGUCACGAAGCGGUGAUGCGGCGCACUAUGGAGAGGGGUCAACUUACCAGACCGAAGACCAACCGCUGGUCUUGGGGUGGCGCUCUGCACCCCAACAGGCCUGACACACCCACCGGUUUUGUCGAGUCUGCUUUCCUCUAUCCACUCGACCUUGAUGGACUGGAACACACGCAUGGUGCUUUCAGUCUCUCCCGCAGAUACGCAAUGACGUCCCAAUAUGCUGACAGACGCUCUGUGUCCACUGUGAAUUUAUCCAAACAUCACGACCCCGUCAUUACCAAGCGCCUGUCCUCGUCCUCAGCCACGCUGCUACACUCACACGACCGAGGACUUCAGACCAGAGCAACCUCCUCACCUGCCAUUAACAAAGCUCAGUCCAAAACCCACCUAUACCACGGGACCACCACCCUCCGCAAAUACACAGGCCCUCGCCGCCUGCCCCUGACGCUGUGGGAGAGCAAUAUGGUGAACCGUCUGCAGCAGCCAACACACUCCUAUCUGGCCCGUAGCCGCAGUGCCAUGAGUCUCACUGGAGAGCAAACAGCCAUGCCUGUAUGUCCUCGCUCAGUGUCCUGCCACCCCAUGGGCUCCAUGUCCUUCAAGACCAUGCAGACCCGCCCCCUCUCUCACAGCCGCAGCCAGGAAAGGUGUCUCAGCAGAGAGACGACCUCGUCCGCGCCCGCUCGCAGGAGGACCACAGGGACAACACAGCCGCCACAGAAGAGUCGCGACUCUGUGAGGAAGUCAUGGAACAACUUGUCUUUGCCUCUUGGUCCUGCUCUCACUUUACCUCUCAAAAUGCGCUCAUCUCCCCCAACCAAAAGGAACAGCUCAGCAUCCUCUCCCGGCAGGCCACCUCUUAAGGCCACAGGACGCCCUCCGACCCCCAAGAUGCUUAAGUCUCCGGGGGCAGAGGACCCUGGAAAUUUCCGCUCUGUCAGGGUGAUGUCGGACAUUCAUCGCCCUUCUACGCCCACCAAAACUCCAGAAGCGAAGGACGAGCAGGUCCUCAGUCCUCCUCAGCCGCUGGGCCACAAUAAGAGCAUCAAAGAGCAGUCAACAACAACAACCAGCGAAAGCAUAAGCAGUCCCUCCCCCCAGAAAACUUCUGCUGGGACCACAGAUCGGGAGGAGGCGAGCCGCAUCUUGGCAGAGAACCGGCGGCUGGCCCGCGAGCAAAGAGAAAGGGAUGAAGAGGAGCGGAAGCAGCAGGAGGAGCAAGCAAGGUUAGCCAGUGAGGAGAUUGCUCGUCGUAAAGCUGAGGAGCGAUUGAAAAGGGAGGAGGAGGCCCAGCGCCAAGCCGUGGAGAGAAGAAUGAAAGAAGAGGAGGACAGAAAGAUGGAGGAAGAGAGACUGCAGAAAGAGAGAGAAGAGGCAGACAGAGCCCAGAAACAGAGAGAGGAGGAGGAGUCUCGGCAGAAAGAGGAGGCGGAGAAACUGAAGCAGGAAAGAGACAAACACUUCCAGAAGGAGGAGGCUGAGCGGCUAGAAAGAAAGAAGCGUCUGGACGAGAUCAUGAGGAGGACGAGACGGUCAGACACGACAGAGAAGAAAGUCACGCCCAGCAAGAACAGUGACAGCACAGUGGCCGCCGCCUCUCCCGGCCCAUCUGAAGGAACACCGCCUACCUCCCUUCAUGGCAACGGCAACGGAUGCCCACCUGACCCCAACAGCAGCCCUUCCACACCUCCUCUGCAGAGGUCGCCGCCUUCAUGUCUCAGGGAGAACGGUGAGAUUGAGGAGGUGAUUGAACCACCUUCGCAUUCCAGGUUGACUCCUCCUCCUAGUAUAGACGACAAGGAGGAGGAUCAGCAGCAGCAGGGAGAGGUCAUGGCAUUCCGGGAGAACGGCCUUCCGAAGCCUCUGAUUGUUGUGGACGAUAUUUCGGCCCAGCAGGGAGCAGACGUGGCCUGAUGGUGUCGUAGGACGACGUGAUCCAGCUGCAGAGAGCCAGAAAGAGAGACUGUUUGUUUGCAGAGAUUUAUGUGGAAUCAAGACUUUCUAGACGGGCUCUUUUUCCGCCAUUGCUGACCCCUGCAAAGAGACACAACAGCAAGCACCCGUUUUGUUUCCCCCCCAAAGAUGGUGACUCUAAAGAUCGACCCCAUUAAACAUCUCAGGAGAGGAAUGCUUCUGCUCACAUGA